GUAACUAUGCAGAGUGGGGGAGGGGUCAGUGAAGUGUGUGUGUAUGUGUGGUAGUGGUGGUGGAGGGGGGGCAUAUUAUGGGAUGCCUGCCCCCUGAUCUCUUUGUGUAUGUGUGCGCGCGCGCGCGAGCGGGGUGUGUGUAGUGUGCAAGGAAGAGAAAGAGGAGACGGCGUCGUGCGCACACGCUGCUGCUACACACAAAAAACCACGGAAAUAUAUUUAAAUUGUUAAGAUAACGGUGUACAUACAAGAAAAAAGAGCCUCUAAGUGCUGACCGGCGAACAAACUGAGCCCGGAGUUACUGUUUUUGGAGCCGGUGUGGGACUCAAGUUCCUGGGUCAGAACUCUGGAUUACCCUGGAAACUUUAUUUAGUUAGCUAAACUGCUAGCUAACUAAAGAAAGAAAGUUUUCUGUUGUCCGCUAUGUCUGCAAGCGACGAUGAGAGGGAUGAAUACGGAGCCCCCGAGGACCGGUUAAUGCACGAUGACGAGGAAGGAGAGAUCUCUGAGAAUGAGACUCCGAAGGUGAGGAAGAAAAAGAAGGCAAAGAAGAGCAGAGAGAGCAAGGGCAGCAAGCGGCGGUCGCGCAGAGAGGAGCUGCCCAUUAGCUCCCCAGAGCCCAUGGACUUGGGCGGCGUAGAUGAUGGUGAAGAUGGCGGCCCUGGCCAGCGCUCAGAGAGCGAGGGCAGCGACUACACUCCCGGGCGCAAGAAGAAGAAGAGAGCCAGCAGCGGCAAGGACAAGAAGAGGAACAGCGCUGCAGCGGAGAGGAGCGCCUCCAAGAAGAAAGAACCAGAACCAGAGGAGGAUGAGGAUGACGAUGAUGAUGACGGCAUGGAGCCAAAGUCGUCAUCUCAGCUGCUGGAUGACUGGGGCAUGGAGGAUAUUGACCACGUCUUCACCGAGGAAGACUACCGCUCUCUGACUAACUACAAAGCCUUCAGCCAGUUUGUCAGGCCCCUCAUCGCUGCCAAGAACCCAAAGAUCGCUGUGUCUAAGAUGAUGAUGGUUUUGGGCGCAAAGUGGCGCGAGUUCAGCACCAACAACCCUCUGAGGGGAGCUGCUGCUGCCAACGCUGCCCUGGCUACCGCCAACGUGCCGGCUGCUGUUGACACCAUGGUAGCAGAGGUCACGCCGCCCGCCGCAGCACAGCCGCCUCCGGCGGAGCCUCCUCAGGCUCCUGCUCCCCCGCUCCGCAAGGCCAAGACCAAGGAAGGCAAAGGUCCCAACGCCCGCAGGAAGUCAAAACCUGCACCAAAACCACAAGAGAAGAAGAAUAAUACGAAAACAAAGAAAGUGGCUCCUCUCAAAAUCAAACUGGGGGGCCUCAACAGCAAGAGGAAACGCUCAUCAAGCGAGGAGGAUGAGCCCGACGUGGACAGUGAUUUUGAUAACGGCAGCAUCAACAGCGUGGCGGUCUCCGAGGGGUCAAACAGUCGCAGCAGCCGCAGCAAAAAGAAGCCAUCCAAGAGCAAACCCAAGAAGAAGAAAGACGUAGAAGAUGGUGACGGCUAUGAGACGGACCACCAGGACUACUGUGAGGUGUGCCAGCAGGGUGGGGAGAUCAUCCUGUGCGACACCUGUCCCAGAGCGUACCACAUGGUCUGCCUGGACCCUGACAUGGAGAAAGCACCGGAGGGCACCUGGAGCUGCCCGCACUGUGAAAAGGAGGGCAUCCAGUGGGAAGCCAGAGAAGACGGCUCCGAUGGUGAGGAGGACAACGGAGACGCGGGUGACAUGGAGGAGGACGACCACCACAUGGAGUUCUGCAGAGUUUGUAAAGAUGGCGGAGAGCUGCUCUGCUGCGACUCGUGCCCCUCGUCGUACCACAUCCACUGCCUCAACCCACCGCUCCCCGAGAUCCCCAACGGGGAGUGGAUCUGCCCCCGCUGCAUGUGUCCACCCAUGAAGGGGAAGGUCCAGAAAAUCUUGACAUGGCGCUGGGGAGACCCCCCUCCUCCCACACCGGUUCCCCGUCCCCCAGACCUCCCAGCUGAUGCCCCCGACCCCGCCCCGCUGGCAGGGCGGCCCGAGAGGGAGUUCUUCGCCAAAUGGUGCAACAUGUCCUACUGGCACUGCUCGUGGGUCACGGAGCUCCAGCUGGAGCUGCACUGCCAAGUGAUGUUCAGGAACUACCAGAGGAAGAACGACAUGGAGGAGCCGCCCCCCAUCGACUUUGGGGAAGGAGAGGAGGACAAGUGUGUCAAGAGGAAGAGCAAGGACCCCAUGUAUAAACAUCUGGAGGAGAAAUACCUCCGCUUUGGGAUUAAGAUGGAGUGGCUGAUGGUUCAUCGAAUCCUUAACCACAGUGUGGACAGAAAAAAUAACGUCCACUACCUGAUCAAGUGGAGAGAGCUGCCGUACGACCAGGCGACCUGGGAGGCCGAGGACAUGGACAUACCCGAGUAUGACCCGUACAAACAGCAGUACUGGAACCACAGAGAGCUGAUGAUGGGAGAGGAGGGAAGACCUGGGAAGAAGAUAAAGGUGAAAGGAAGAGUGAAGCGGCCUGAAAGGCCUCCUGAGAACCCGGUGAUCGAUCCCACCAUCAAAUUUGAGCGUCAGCCAGAAUAUCUGGACAGCACGGGGGGGACGCUGCACCCCUACCAGCUGGAGGGUCUCAACUGGCUGCGGUUCUCGUGGGCUCAGGGCACCGACACCAUCCUGGCCGAUGAGAUGGGUCUGGGCAAGACGGUGCAGACCGCCGUCUUCCUUUACUCGCUGUAUAAAGAGGGUCACUCCAAAGGACCGUUCCUGGUCAGCGCGCCCCUCUCCACCAUCAUCAACUGGGAGAGAGAGUUUGAGAUGUGGGCGCCUGACAUGUACGUAGUGACAUACAUCGGAGACAAGGACAGCAGAGCCGUCAUCCGGGAGAACGAGUUCUCCUUCGAGGAUAACGCCGUCCGAGGAGGCAAGAAGGCCUCCAGGAUGAAGAAAGAUGUAUCCAUCAAGUUCCACGUUCUGCUGACGUCUUACGAGUUGAUCACCAUCGACAUGGCCGUCCUGGGCUCCAUAGAUUGGGCCUGUCUGGUGGUGGACGAGGCCCACAGGCUAAAAAACAACCAAUCAAAGUUUUUCCGGGUGUUGAACAACUACUCCCUGCAGCACAAACUGCUGCUGACUGGAACUCCUCUGCAGAACAACCUCGAGGAGCUUUUCCACCUGCUCAACUUCCUCACGCCCGAGAGGUUCAGUAAAUUGGAGAUCUUCUUGGAGGAGUUUGCCGACAUUGCCAAGGAGGACCAGAUCAAGAAGCUACACGACAUGCUGGGUCCGCACAUGCUCAGGAGGCUGAAGGCUGACGUCUUCAAGCACAUGCCCUCCAAGACCGAGCUCAUCGUCAGAGUGGAGCUCAGCCAGCUGCAGAAGAAAUAUUACAAAUUUAUCCUGACGAAAAACUUUGAGGCUUUGAACACCAAAGGAGGAGGAAACCAGGUUUCACUGCUCAACGUCGUCAUGGACCUCAAGAAAUGCUGCAACCACCCCUACCUCUUCCCCGGGGCUGCUAUGGAAGCUCCAAAGAUGCCCAACGGGAUGUAUGAUGGAAAUGCUCUCAUCAAGUCUUCAGGGAAACUGAUGUUACUGCAAAAGAUGAUGAGGAAGCUGAAGGAGGGAGGACACAGAGUGCUAGUUUUCUCUCAGAUGACUAAAAUGUUGGACUUGCUAGAAGACUUCCUGGAGAACGAAGGCUACAAGUACGAGAGGAUUGACGGAGGAAUCACAGGAGGGAUGAGACAGGAGGCCAUUGACAGAUUCAAUGCUCCUGGUGCUCAGCAAUUUGCCUUCCUGCUGUCGACGAGAGCCGGAGGGUUGGGAAUCAAUCUGGCUACUGCCGACACCGUCAUCAUCUACGACUCGGACUGGAAUCCGCACAAUGACAUCCAGGCCUUCAGCAGAGCUCAUCGUAUCGGUCAAAACAAGAAGGUGAUGAUCUACCGAUUCGUCACCAAGGCCUCAGUGGAGGAGAGGAUUACUCAGGUUGCCAAGAAGAAGAUGAUGCUGACUCACCUGGUGGUCCGGCCUGGCCUCGGAUCCAAGACGGGCUCCAUGUCCAAGCAGGAGCUGGAUGACAUCCUCAAGUUUGGAACAGAAGAGCUGUUCAAGGAUGAGGGAGAAGGUGAGAACAAAGAGGAGGACAGCAGCAUCAUUCACUACGAUGACAAAGCCAUAGAGCGACUACUGGACAGGAACCAGGACGCCACUGACGACACGGAGCUGCAGAGCAUGAAUGAAUACCUGAGCUCCUUCAAAGUGGCUCAGUAUGUGGUGAAAGAUGAGGAGGAGGAGGAGGAGGAGGUGCAGCGGGAGAUCAUUAAGCAGGAGGAGAGCGUGGAUCCAGACUACUGGGAGAAGCUGCUGCGUCACCAUUACGAGCAGCAGCAGGAGGAUCUGGCCCGAAACCUGGGCAAAGGCAAACGUAUCCGCAAGCAGGUCAACUACAACGACGGCUCUCAAGAAGACAGAGCUGAUUGGCAGGAUGACCAGUCAGAUGGCCAAUCAGAUUAUUCGGUGGCAUCUGAGGAGGGCGAUGAGGACUUUGACGAGAGAUCAGAAGCCAACUCUCGCAGGCCGAGCAGGAAGGGCCUGAGGAACGACAAAGACAAACCGCUGCCUCCCCUGCUGGCCAGGGUGGGGGGCAACAUCGAGGUUUUGGGCUUCAACUCUCGGCAGAGGAAGGCCUUCCUGAACGCAGUGAUGCGUUAUGGGAUGCCCCCACAAGACGCCUUCACCACCCAGUGGCUGGUCCGAGACCUGCGAGGGAAAUCUGAGAAAGAAUUCAAGGCCUACGUGUCUUUGUUUAUGCGUCACCUCUGUGAGCCCGGGGCCGACGGGGCCGAGACCUUUGCGGACGGCGUCCCCAGAGAAGGACUGUCUCGGCAGCACGUCCUCACCCGCAUCGGAGUCAUGUCACUUAUUCGCAAAAAGGUUCAAGAGUUCGAGCACGUAAACGGCCAGUGGUCGAUGCCCUGGAUGGCCGAGCUGGAGGAGAACAAGAGGGCCGCGGCUCAGCCCGAUUCUCCUGCAAAAACGCCGUCCACCGGCACCCCCGCCGACACGCAGCCCAACACGCCUGUGCCAGUCGACGACUCCUCGAAGGACUGUGAGAAGGACGUGAAGAAAGAGGGCGAGGCAGAGAAGAACGGUAAAGAGGCCGGAAAAACCAGCAACGAGGUGAUCGCCAUCCCAGACGAUGACGAGAAGAGUCCGUCAGCCGAGCAGGAGAAGAAGAACGGGGAGCCAAUGGAGACGGACAAACCGAGCAAUGGCGAAACGGAGGGCGUGAAAGAGAAAGAAGGCGAGAAGAUGGAGGAAGGAGAGGGUGAGAAGAAGAGUCCAGAGGGAGCGGAGGAAACGAAGCCCCCCUCAGAGGCAAAGACAGAGGGGUCAGAGGUCAAACCUGAGGAUGCAGAGGUCAAAGCAGAAGAAAAGAAGGAAGAGAAGACAGAAAAGAUGGACACCACGCCUCCCGCAGAUGAAAAGAAAGAUGUGAAGGAGGAGAAGGAGACUCAGAAACCAGUGGAGUCGGCGGCCAAACUGCAGAACGGAGACGGCAGCAAGGAGGGAACGGCGUCGACCGCCGCUGCCACGGCGAGCGGGGCCAGCGAGGAGAAGAAGAAAGCCAAGACUCGGUUCAUGUUCAACAUCGCAGACGGAGGAUUCACAGAGCUCCACUCACUGUGGCAGAACGAGGAGCGCGCUGCCACGGUAACCAAGAAAACCAACGAGAUCUGGCAUCGCCGCCACGACUACUGGCUGCUGGCCGGCAUCAUACAACACGGUUACGCCCGCUGGCAGGACAUCCAGAACGACGUCAAGUUCGCCAUCCUCAACGAGCCUUUUAAAGGAGAGAUGAACAGAGGAAACUUCCUGGAAAUCAAGAACAAGUUCCUCGCCAGAAGAUUCAAGCUGUUGGAACAGGCGCUGGUGAUCGAGGAGCAGCUGCGACGCGCCGCCUACCUCAACAUGUCGGAGGACCCCUCCCACCCCUCCAUGGCCCUCAACACCCGCUUCAGCGAGGUGGAGUGUCUGGCCGAGUCUCACCAGCACCUCAGCAAGGAGUCCAUGUCCGGGAACAAACCGGCCAACGCCGUCCUGCACAAAGUGCUGAAGCAGUUGGAGGAGCUGCUGAGUGACAUGAAGGCGGACGUCACCCGGCUGCCUGCAACCAUCGCCCGGAUACCGCCGGUUGCAGUCCGACUCCAGAUGUCUGAGAGGAACAUCCUGAGCCGCUUGGCAAGCCGAGCACCUGAACCACAGCCGCAGACACAGCAGAUGUCGCAGCAGUGAGACUGAACGUCGGCUCUUUACCUCGAAAACCACCCCCUGCCUCACCUCGACAUUCCUGAUUGGUGCACAGGAGUAAGACAGACUUCGCGCCUCAAGCUUGAAGCCACGCCCACUUCACAUUUUUUGGUUUUGUUUGUUUGUUUUGAUUACCCCCACCCCUGAAAAAAAGGACUUUACAGAUUUUUCCCCCCCGGAGGAUCAAAUCCCCCUCCCCUCCCCACCGAGAACGAGGCUGUGGACAGAAAAGCUGUUUUAUUUUUUCCUCCAUUUUUUUCAAC